GAAUGUGCAACAGUUGCAAACCGUGCGUGCAUCACGAUGUUGGACCUUAACGGCAAUCCCGCGACCAGCUACGAUCCCGAUCAGAAGGUGUGGAGUGGCUCCAUCCAGCAGAGUCUCUAUAACGAUGAGCUGACCGUGGGCCAGAUCAUCUUCCGGCAGCUGCAACGGAAGUCCCAAAGGAUAUUCCAGAUCUCGCACACGGAUAACACGCGACUGACCCGUUCCCAGAUGCUCCAGAAUGCAUCCAAGGUUGGCUGCUAUCUUCGAGAUCAAGGAUUCAAAAAGGAAACUGACUUGGUGGGACUAAUAGCCCGUAACACCACCAAUGUCGGCGCUUUGGCCUAUGGCUGCCUCUUCAACGGAACUCCCUUCCACGCUGUUAAUCCUAAUUUGGAGCAAAAGACCAUUGCCAGUCUCUAUAAGAUCACCAAGCCACGCAUCUUGUGCUGCGAUAUUGGGGACUACGAAAAGAUCAAGGAUAUAGGAGAAUCGUUGGGAACUCCAGUUAUGACUGUUAAUGGAAAGUUGCAGGGUGUGAUGAGUGUGGCAGAUCUGUUGCAGAAUCCCCUUCCUGAAGACUACGAACCAGCGCAGUUCCAACGAGGUGUUGAUCGUACCAUGGCUAUCCUAUGCUCUUCUGGCACCACUGGAACUCCCAAGGCCGUGACGCUGUCAAACAGCCGAAAGCUAUUCGAGAUUCACAGCUACUUAGGCUCCGAUGACGUUCAAUAUGCUCCCAGCACCUUGGAUUGGCUGACGGGGCUCAUAACCCUGGUAACAGCUGGAGUUUUUGGCACAGUUCGUUUAAUUUCCAGUGAAAUGUUUAGCACCGCUCACUUCCUGGACAUUUGCCAGCAGCAUGAGAUCUCCUGGACCAUCAUGGCCAACUCCCAUGUGGCCAUGUUGGCCAACUGCCCGAACACAAAUGCACAAAAGCUAAGAAGUCUUAGGCAUCUGCUCUUCGCUGGUGGUCACUGCCUGGUGGGUACUUUAAAGAAGAUGCAGUCCUUUCUCCACGGAUCUGGAAUUCUAAGGAAUGCCUAUGGCCUGACUGAGGUGGGAACUUUGAUAUCAUACAACUACAACACCCAAACUAAACCCACUUCAGUGGGUCGCCUUUUGCCAAAUAUUCGGGUAAGGAUUGUGGACUCUUCGGGGCAGUUGCAGGGCCCGAAAGGAUUGGGUGAGGUCCUCUGCCACAAUGGACAACCCUGGAGUGGAUAUGUGGGAAACCCUCAGGCAACGGCUGAGAUGAGAGAUUCAGACGGUUGGUAUCACACCGGCGAUGUGGGUUACUUUGACGAAGAUCAUUGCCUGCACAUUGUGGAGCGCAAAAAAGAUAUGCUGAAGUUCCUGGGCAUGAUGUACUAUCCGCAUGAAGUGGAGGAAGUAAUCGCCCAGAUGCCCGACGUUGCAGAGGUUUGUGUUUUCGGUAUCUUUCGGGAGACAGAGGGAGAUGCCGCUGCAGCAUCUGUGGUUCUGCGAUCUGGCAGUAAACUAGAUCCCAAGCACGUGGAACAGUUUGUAAAGAAAAAUGUAUCCGUGCAGUUUAAACAUCUUCAUGGUGGAGUCCAGAUUGUUAAGCAACUGGCAAAGAGCGCCAACGGCAAGGUCAAUCGACAAGCCGUCAAGGCGGCCUACUUGAGAGAUGCGACUCAGUCUUAAAGUAUAUUGAUAAUCCCUCAAUCAACAAUUACUAAGCAUAAACUUUGUUUAAAUGUAAACCAUGACGAGGCAAAGUUGAACUUCCACAACACAAUAAAAUGUUCACUGAACACAUCCCAUUAAUAAGUUACACUGUUCAUUAAUAAAUACAAAAUAUUUACAUGUU